AAGCGCCGUGGCCGGGCGCGGGCGCCCUUGAGAGUGAGCGGCCAUGAGCGGGAGCGGCGGGAGCCGGGCCCUGGAGCUGCUGCGCUCGCUGCCCAGGGUCAGCCUGGCCAACCUAAGGCCCAACCCCGGCUCCAAAAAGCGGGAAAGAAGACGUGGCCGUGGAAGAUACGGAGGUAGGAAGUGUGGCCGAGGUCACAAAGGAGAAAGACAAAGAGGGAAUCGCCCCCGAUUAGGCUUUGAGGGUGGUCAAACUCCAUUUUACCUGGCCAUACCAAAAUACGGAUUUAAUGAGGGACAUAGCUUCAGACGUCAGUACCAACCUCUGAGUCUUCAGAGGCUGCAGUACCUGAUUGAUUUGGGCAGAGUUGACCCCACACAGCCGAUUGACUUAACUCAGCUCAUUAACGCCAGAGGUGUGACAGUGCAGCCUCUCAAGAGGGAUUACGGUGUCCAGCUGGUGGAGGAGGGUGCUGAUAUUUUUGCAGCAAAAGUAAAUAUUGAAGUGCAGAGGGCAUCUGAAUUAGCAAUUGCAGCCAUAGAAAAAAAUGGAGGCGUAGUAACAACGUCAUUCUAUGACCCAAGGAGCUUGGAAAUUUUAUGCAAGCCAGUAGUAUUUUUCCUGCGUGGCAAACCUAUCCCAAAGCGAAUGCUCCCACCUGAAGACCUCGUCCGGUACUACACAGAUCCCAGGAAUCGGGGGUACCUGGCAGAUCCUUCUAAGGUUGCAGAAGCCAGGCUGGAACUUGCCAAGAAAUAUGGCUAUGUUUUACCAGACAUAACUAAAGAUGAACUCUUUAAGAUGUUGAGUGCACGCAAGGAUCCCAGACAGAUAUUUUUUGGUCUUGCUCCAGGAUGGAUUGUAAACCUGGCAGACAAGAAAAUUCUAAAACCAACUGAUGAGAGUCUGUUGAAAUACUAUAGCUCAUGAAUUCAGGACUGGAGACAACUGCAGGUGUACAGGAAACACCUGGGUAUGAAAUAAUGGAUAGAAGUGGUGUGUGUUUGUUUGUUUUUAAGACUCCUAUUAUAUUAGACAAAACAUAAAUUUUUCUUCAUGUAAUCUUCUGGUGUAGCUCUCAACUUUUUUAUUGUCAUAAUAGAGUGUAUCAAAAGUCUUAACAUUUGAAAACUAUGUGGAGUCUGACAUAAAGUGUGCGUCUGGGCACUUUCUCUUCCAAUGGUUUGCCAGUUAUUGUUUCAGACAAAAGGUUUUGGUGUUGCAUUUAUUUUUAGAGGAUAAUUCCAAAGAGUUAUUUGACCUAAUAAUUAGUUUAUAUUCACCCCCCCCCCCAAUUUAAAAUCAGAAACAUGACUGUACAAAACUAAAAUUAGUUUUAGAGUCAUAUUGCAUAAAAUUAUAAGUUCUAGCAAAUGCGUAUUGAAUAGCUGUAAGAGGUAUUUUUGGUUGGGGAAAAAUAAAAAUAACCAAAAAUUACAAAGUACAAAAGAUUUCAUUAACUUCUCAAAUUCCAUAGCCAUGUCUUGAGUUUUUCCAUUGCCAUUAAUAGCACCAGAGUCUGAGAGGUCUUGAUUUUUUAUCUUACUUCUUCAUAUGCAAUUGAGAAAGACAGGGUGUGCAGUUUAAAAUAACUUUCUAUGUAAAUUUGGAGGGGGGAGGGAAGAUAGCUGUCUUAAUUCAAUGACUUCUAUUAUUCAAACAUAAUUUAAAACUUGUCCUGACACAAAUGUAAUCUCAUUAAUAAAAUUGCAUAGCAGGAUCCAGAGUCAAUGAAGGACAGAUUAUGAAGGAUGGGGAUGUGAUGGGUGAAGUACACAGUUAAGAUUCAGUUUUCAGCUUGAUCAGAGGUUGCAUGUGUGACAGUGGACAAAUGAAUUUAAAUGUUGUGAAAAGUUAUGAACAAAUUGUGUUUAUAGGAAACAGCAUUUUAAUCACAUCAACUUGAUUAAGUCUUGAAAAAUAUUUUCCAACAAAGGUUUCUUUUGUCAGUCUCUCCAGAGUGCUGCGUUAUUAGUAUUCAAGAGUAUUCUAGGUUUUGUGUGGAAGCUUAGGAUUGGACAUUUGGGACAAUGAGCCAGACACUAAAGAAAGAUGAGGGGGGAGACCAAGAUAAUGUAUCAGAACGUGCUCUGACUGCUCAGAAGUUAAUGAGCUGCUUCAUAAUUUCAUGGUUUAAUUGAAGCUGAAUUUGGUUUUAAAAUAGUCAUAAUUUGAUUAUAAGAAUGCAGGAAGCAGUCCAGGCGACCAGAACACGAGAAGUCAUCUUGUUUUCCAAUUUUCAUGUGCCUUUGGAAAUGCUACUUAGAGUUUGCUGUAGCUGCCAAACCGUCCUCUGUGUGCUAGACUCCUCUUUCUCCCGUAUGACAUCUGUAUUUUGCUGGUAUACCUCAAUGGGGGAGGAUUUAAGAAAAAUCUUACUUUUCUUUCAGAUAAUAAAAAGCAGCAGAUGAAUUUUCGUUGAUGUUUGUCAACCAACCCAGAUUUUUCCUUUGCUCAACAACCUGCCUUAUCAAUUAACAUGAGCAUCUGUAAUCACAGAAAAAAAUAAAACAAGUUUUCUCACUCUGAUUAAAUAAUCUGAAAUCAAGAGAUUAAGAAUAGAAAGUCAUUAAAUUUUGACAAUUUACUCUUCACCUUCUAUUGUUCCUUGUUAAUGUGUGUUAAAUGCUAUCAGUAAUGGUCAUUCUCCCAGCUUGGAGUUUAAGUAUAGGUGAAACAUAGCAAAACAACAGCAAUAUAAAAUUGGACUAUGAAUAGCAGGAAUUUUGUUUUAGUAGCAUUAACAUUCAUAUUUUAUAAGGUGCCCAACACUUUUUUGGCACGUUAAGAAUAAUGCUGUGUGCCAAAAAAAGUACAGUUGGUGUUAACUUGAAUGUGAAGUAAAUAACUUUCUCACUUUAGAUGUAUCCUGUUCUGCAUCCUGAUGAUUGUUGGUUUGGAACCUUAAAUGACAAGCAGUACUUUUUUCUUUUUCUUUUUUUUUCAAGUUUUUGUUAUUACAAUGACUUUACAAUAACAAUAUUACUACUGCCUCCAUUUGGGAAGGAGUUGGAGAGGGGGAAGAGUAUUUAUUGCCUUCCCUUAUUUGUGCCAUAAUGUUUCUGUUUUUAUGAAUCAAUUCACAAUUGUAUUUUGUGGAGGUGGUGGUACUCAACAGGAAAGCUACUUAACUGGAAGUGAAGAAGGAAGUUAGUCAUAUUAGUGAAGACCAGAAGACAAAAGUGUUUAUGUAUCAUUGUGUAUUUUGGGGAGGAGAAGACGGGGGAAGGCAAGUUUGUUUCCAUUUCUGCUCUUUGUAUUAAAAUGAACAAAUUGCUCUCAGCAA